AUGGGUGAAGAAGUAAAACCAGAGGUAAAGGAUGCUGCCUCUGCACCAGAGGCCGUCCCAGAGCCUGCCACGGCGAAGGAGGAGGAGAAGACGAAAGAUGUUGCGGAGGAGAAGAAAGCGGCAGUUGAGGAGGAGACACCAACGGUGGAGGAAGAACCGCAACCGCCACCACCGCCUCCGCCAUUCAUACUAUACGUUGACUUGCAUUGUGUAGGAUGUGCCAGGAAGAUUGAAAGAUCUAUUCUAAAAAUUAGAGGUGUGGAAGAAGUGGUGAUGGACAUGAAUGCGAACCAAGUGACGAUAAAGGGAGUGUUGGAUCCGCAAGCAGUGUGUAACAAAAUCAAGAAGAAGACUAAAAGAAUGGCAAAAGUUAUCUCGCCGCUUCCGGCCGCCGAGGGAGAGCCUCUGCCGCCGAUCAUAGCCUCUCAGGUCUCCGGCCUCAUCACCGUCGAGCUCAACGUCAACAUGCACUGUGAAGCGUGUGCUGAACAGCUCAGGAAGAAGAUUCUGAAAAUGAGAGGGGUCCAAACAACAGUGACGGAGCACACCACCGGAAAAGUAAUAGUUACCGGGACGAUGGACGAACAGAAAUUGGUGGACUACGUCUACCGUCGGACCAAGAAGCAAGCCAGAAUCGUACCCCAACCUGACCCAGAACCUGAAAACCCGGUGGCGGAGGAAGAAAAGAAGGAGGAGAGCGGUAAAGGCGAUGAGAAACCAGCAGAAACAGAAGAAGAGAAGGUGGAGGAGAAGAAUGAGGGAGAAAAGAAGGAAGAGGACGACGGAGGAGAAGAGACGGUGGCUACGGAGGAGAUGGCGGUGAGGGAAGAAGAAGAGAUGAAAAGAAUGAUGUAUUAUUACCAGCCUUUAUACGUCAUCGAAAGGGUUCCUCCGCCGCAGCUUUUUAGCGACGAGAACCCUAACGCUUGUUGCAUUUCUUAA